AUGUCUGCUGCAUCUACUGGAGCUAGCGCCACCAAGAGUGCGCCUGUUAGCAGAACCGCCCAGGGCACUCAGUCUACACCUGCUUCUCUCAAGAGCGAAACCAAGACUACCGAAACCAAUUCUAACAUCACCGACACCAACGGCGAAGACCUGUUGGCGUUCUGGCAUAAUGGCCGGUUUGGCGCCUUCUUCAAGAAACACGAAAUCCCCAGAAAGUUCCUCCACACCUCCAUCGGCUUCAUCACCCUAUGGCUGUACACCCAAGGCAUCAACCUGAACCAGGUCACUCCCGUUCUCGUGGUGAUGGCAUUGUUCAUCGGCACCUUUGACUUCCUGCGUCUCAGAAACAAGGCCCUCAACAAGGCCUACUGCAAAGUCAUGGGAGCUCUGAUGCGAGAGUCCGAGAUUAACGGCGUGAACGGAACCAUCUGGUACCUGCUUGGCCUCAUUCUGGUCUUCUCGUUCGCCUCUAAGGAUGUUGCUCUUAUGGCUGUUCUUCUGCUCUCCUGGGCUGAUACCGCAGCCUCUUCCGUCGGCCGGGCUUAUGGAUACCUCACUCCGAAGUACAAGAACAAGUCGCUGGCUGGUUUUAUGGGCGCCUUCAUUGCCUCUGAGAUCGCAUGUCUCUUUCUAUACGGCAUCAUCAUCCCCAAGUACGGCGCUGAAGUCGACACGCCCGGCCAGAUCACCUGGUCCAAGCAGUCUUCUCGACUUACUCUGGGAGUCUUGACAGCCAUGUCUGGUCUCGUCGGAGCCGUUUCCGAGUCCAUUGAUGUGUUCGGAAUCGACGACAACUUCACCAUUCCCGUCCUCUCGGCGCUCUUCCUUACUGGUCUGCUGGACAUCUUCAAGAAGUAA